CUGAUUUCUUCAAAGUGGCUUGAGCAGAAUCGGGCCUCUGUAUAUCGUACCAAUCUACCUUAGACAGUUCGUGCUUGGAUUUUUAGGUCAGGGGAUAACACUGUUGAUUGUGGAGGGUUUUGCACAUCUCACCCCCGGUAUCUGCGGUGACAGUGGGGGAGAAUCACCCUCGACGUGGACGUGGUCAGUUGGCGUGUCCCGACUUGGAGUGACGGCUGUGCAGUCCUAUGAUUCCUCCUAAACAUUGCUGCACUGGCCCCUUUUCUCACAAACUAUACCGCUAACUUUACUUAUUUUGUGACCUACUUACAACUUCAGCGUCGGAACUUGAAGACAGUCGGGGUUCAAGAUGUCUGUAGCGGGCUUGAAGAAACAGUUUUAUAAAGCCAGCCAGAUGGUAAGUGAGAAAGUCGGAGGUGCAGAAGGAACUAAACUCGAUGAUGACUUCAGGGACUUGGAACGGAAAGUAGAUGUGACCAGUAAAGCAGUAGUGGAUGUAAUCUCCAAAACAUCAGAGUACCUUCAGCCCAACCCAGCAUCUCGGGCCAAACUGUCCAUGUUGAACACCAUGUCUAAGAUUCGUGGUCAGGUGAAGAACCCAGGCUAUCCUCAGGCCGAGGGCCUGCUAGGGGAGUGUAUGGGCAAGUAUGGACGGGAACUGGGAGAGGACACUAACUUUGGUGGAGCAUUAGUAGACGUAGGAGAAGCCAUGAAGAGAAUGGCAGAAGUCAAAGACUCUCUAGACAUCGACGUCAAACAGAACUUCAUUGAUCCGUUGCAAGGGCUCUGUGAUAAGGACCUCAGAGAGAUACAGCACCACCUUAAGAAGCUUGAAGGCCGUCGCCUGGACUAUGACUACAAGAAAAAGCGUCAGGGCAAGAUCCCAGAUGAGGAGGUUCGACAGGCCCUGGAGAAGUUUCAUGAGUCAAAGGAAGUGGCCGAGACCAGCAUGUACAACUUGCUGGAGACUGACAUCGAGCAGGUGAGCCAGCUCUCAUCUCUGGUGGAGUCCCAGCUGCAGUACCACAGACAGGCUGUGCAGGUGCUGGAUGAGCUUUCUGACAAACUCAGAGACAGGAUGAAUGAGGCUCAGUCUCGACCAAGACGUGAAUACACACCCAAACCCAAACCUAUCUUUGACUUUGGCGACAACAACCAUUCAAACGGCGGCUACUCAACCUCAAUGGCUCCUCCACCUUCAUGUAACUCAGAGCCGUCUUUUCACUUGGCCAGAUUGUCCUUUCGGAAACCCACAUUGUCUCCGGAGCAGCCGAGCUGUAAGGCACUGUAUGACUUUGAGCCAGAGAACGAGGGAGAGCUGGGCUUCCACGAGGGCGAUAUCAUCACCCUGACCAAUCAGAUCGACGAGAACUGGUAUGAGGGCAUGCUGAAUGGCCAGUCGGGAUUCUUCCCUCUCAACUACGUCGAGGUCCUCGUUCCGCUGCCACACUAAUACAAAGAGAGCAAGAGAGCUGAGAGGAGACUGAUGGAGAUGAGAGAGCAAGUAGAGUUAGUAUAGAGGGAGGAAAGUGAAGCCAAGGGAUGGUCUGCAGAAGAUUCAUUUUCACCUUCAGCUCCAAUGUCAUCCUUACAGAUGAGCACUUUUUGUCAUCUAGAGUUCUGGGGAAGAUGGUUACAUUUCAAAGUCCAGACCAUAAUAUAUCAACCUGUUCCACCCAAAGGUGAAAGGACCUAGACUAAGAUGGACACAAAAUGUCGUUACCCGUUAUCUGACAGUCAGAAACAUUUCUUGAGGACUAACUGAUGAAACAUUUAUAAGCAAUAUUUUUCUUUAACCACAAAUUACUGAUUUAGUAAAGAGAAUUGUAUUAAAUUUGGUGAUUAUUAUGAUGCCUGAGAUGAUGCAUUUAUAUAAUGCUCUCUGUGUGACUGCAGUCUGUUUAAAACUCAGGUUGGUCACCAGCUGAACAGUCAGUUUUCAGACUGGAGAGGCCAACUCAAACUUCGCAGUAAUGUCAUGUAACUUGACUGAAUUUUAGACUUAUUUUUAAACUGAAAAGUUUGUCUGUGCCCCUUUUAAAGAACUGGGUCUCAUCUCUUGAUGCCCCCUGCUGGUGUGAGUGAGAUUUACUUUUACCCAAACUAAAAUUGAACUACAACUGAACAGAAAUGUUUUAGUGGAUCUAAAAAAAAAUCUUCUUCACAUUUUUUAUGAGAAACAUGAGCCAAAAUUUAUCUCACAUGUGUGAUUUAGAUUGUUUUCAGGUUUUGGCCUAUUUGUUAAUGUUCUUUUUCUAAGCUGUGAUGACGAUAGCUUCAGAAGACAACAGUGGGUUCUUUUAUUAUUGUUUCAGUAUUUGAUUUACAUUAGUCUCAACUUAAGACAGUAGUUAUUAAGAGUAAAACUGCUUACUGAAUAAGUGAGAAAAUGUAAUUGCACCUUGGUCCUCAAAUGAGAUUGAUGUGUGUGUGACAGACUUACUCCACCAUUAUACAAAGACCCAAAGUUAAAUGCAGACAUUGCACCUUUUUGUCACUUAAGGCAGGCAUGUGUAGAAAUGCAGAAUGAUUAGUCAUUUAAUGGUUGUUUGUUGGUCUGUUUAAUAGAAGAGACGGAGCCAAAAAGUCUUUAUAAAAUGCAAUAGCAACCCAUUGCUUAGUAAACUGCUAAAUAUUCUUAUACAGCCAUAUAUUCAUUUAGUUUUAGGCCUGUUUGUCUUACAUUGUUAAGUCCUUUACUUUAUUUUCUAAUAGGCGCCUGUUAACUCCGCCUGAAUAGACGACGCUGCUGGCAGCGACUCAGUCUUUCUUAUACAUCACUAACUGUCCUACUUUUUCUGUCUGCCCUCAUGUCUUUGAGAAUGUGAAAGUCAUCUCUGCUUUGAAGCUUGGUCUGACCCUGUGAUUCUGAUCAUUCACAAUGGCUCUGAUUCGAUUUAUUUGUUAGUAUAAUAUGGGUUGAUGUAGACUUCUAUCUAUUGAGACAAGGCUGGUUUCUUGUUUUGGAUCGAGCCACAGUUCACACAUGCAGAUGGAGUUUAAUCCACAAUACACUGGACAGUAUGAGGGAAAGACCUGGAGUGAAAGGGAAACCAUCAAGGGAAAAGUUUGGACUAAUUUGGGGAACCCUUGUUAUCAAACAUUAAAGAAGUAUCGUCAGUCCAAUUGUCUUAGGGGUGAAAAAAGUUUUAAUUGUGAAUGACAAAUACGUGCUCUUUCACUGUUUGCAGUAUCUUUCUGAUCAUCUCUGUUAUGGUGUGUUUGUCCUUCACUCCAUGCUGCCAAACACGUCCCCAAUCCUGAGUUUGGUCCUUGUCUUUACAUGUUUACAUCUCUGAUCUUUCUACAUUUGAUUGCUUGUAUCAAGUUCAGGGUAAAGUUAAAGGACUGUUGGAGGUGCUGUCUCGAUCACACCAUUGUCAAAAAAAAAAAAACAAGUCCUUGCUAGCUUUGUUUUUAGUGCCUUUGGAAAAGAAAGGAGGGAAAGAACCGCAACUAAUACAGCAACCAAAACCUAACCUAGCUACUUAAGAACAAUGGUCAAGAAUUUCUUUUUUCUACUUUUGGUUUUUUUUCUUGCCAUUGGCAUUUUUCCUGUGUAAAGAUGAAAUGCAUGGGUGCACAUAUCUGCACAUUUAUGACACUACAGCAGUUUCCUAAACAUGUUGUGUUUAGAUAAUGUGAGGUUUAUCAGCAAACCACCGAAGGAAACUGUUUUUAUGUAGAUUUUAAUCCAUGUUUUAAAAAAUGUCCCAUUGAUUCCUUUUUUUAAAGGGCUAUGCAUUUGUUUAAUCAGUCUUAAAUGCUCUUUUGAACAGCGUUAAAUCAUUCUGGCUCUCUAUAGUAUUAUUUUUUAUAUACAAGACCUUUAAAUUAAUCUUUGCAUGUAGUCCUGUAUCAAACCUUGUAAAUGUAUGUCUUAGAUUUAAGUGGCCUUUUUACUAUCGGUAUGAGUACAGAAUUUAACCACAAUAUUUUGUCUUUUAUUAUCAAAGUAUUUGUAUGUGCUUCUUUCUCGUCUCCCACCUCCCCCAUUCUUACAAUAAAUAAAAAGAAAAAUGUCUUA